AUGGAUAUCCACGCGAUAUCAACACAUGAGCCAUCCCUAUCGCCAUCCAGAGACUACAAUCCCCGGAAGCGAGGUAGGACGGCUUGCACGCGGUGCAAGUUGAGAAAGCAGAAAUGUGACAAUGAAUACCCGGUUUGCUCUAAUUGCCAGAAAGCGGGCACGUCGUGUGACAAAUCUACUGUGCGGCAAGAAAAUGGACAGCAGAACGAGUACAUCCGCUCUUUGGAAGACCGUAUUGCAUUUCUCCAAUCUGAGCUGGAGGCUAGACCAGCAAGAAGUGACCCUGGCAGCAAUGUCGCUCAAUCCACCCCAACUACUUUCCAGUCCUCCGAAAACCAAAAUACGGCCCAGAGACCAUCAACAACUGGCAUCGACAAUAAUGCUGUUGGAGAGCUUGUCGGGUUUCUCGCAUUGAACUCGGAGGCUCCGGCCUAUAUAGGCUCUAGCUCGGGGCUUCCACUUGCUUCGAAUCUUGGAGAGAUGGUUCAGGCGACUGUGUGGAAUCAGUUUCUCAAUCCAUCGCGGACCCAACAAACUCUCGUAGGUCAUAAUUUUAGGCCGAAUUCGAGUCAUAGGACACUGGAUCCGAUCGCCCAGCCUUCAAACGCAAAUGGCCAUCUCGGACAAGGGAGGACUGAAGAGCUGCUGAAAGGCGCAGAACCUCCGAAUGAUGAAAUGGGAUACAAGGUUUUGCAGGCAUAUUUGACCAGGAUCCAUAUCCGCUAUCCCCUUCUUGACAGGGAUGAGUUGUGGCGGUUACAUGGGAACCGUUGGCGUUUGGCGAAGCUCAAGCGUGAGGAGAUCACUAGAAAUGAAAGAUUUGGUAUCUUCAAAUUAUACUUGGUGUACGCUAUUGGAGCGACAAUGAUCCAGUUGAGUGAGAAAUAUACCUAUGUGAAUCCUGAGAAAUACUACAUGACUGCUCUACAACAAGCCCCAGCCAUGUGCGAGACACGGUCAAUUGAGAAUAUUGAAGCAAUGACGUUGCUCGUGGUAUACCACCUCCGGUCUUCUUCGAGUCAAGGUAUCUGGUACAUGAUUGGACUCGCGAUGCGCAUUGCUAUAGAUCUGGGGCUCCAUCGAAAAGCAAACGAGGCUAACCUGGACCCGUUCACCGCGCAGAUGCGCCGGCGACUCUUCUGGAAUGUUUAUUACCUGGAGAGAGUCAUAUCCAUGUCUCUUGGCCGUCCUUUUAGCAUUGCGGAUAGACAUAUUGAUCUCCCCUUACCACUUGACGUGGAUGAUACGGUGCAAGACCCGGCACUGCUGACUGCUCCCCCGCCAUCCGACCGGACAACUACAUUGACCUUUGCAGUGUAUCUUAUUCAACUUCGUCGCAUAGAUUCCAGAAUCCAGCACAAGAUUUACCGUGCAGAUAAGCCACUACACACUCUACGCUCAAAAAUGGACCGGUUAUUCCUUGAAUUGCAGGAAUGGAGGGAAUCUGCACUUCUGCGCAAUUUCAGCGGCUCGGAUUUGGACUACACAACGCUUCAUUACAACCGCGCGUUACGGAUUCUAAUCCAACCAUUCUUACCAGCUCUCUCGCUUGCAGAUCCAUACUAUCAUAUCUGUCUCAAUGCCGCGGGAGACAUCUGUCAGACCCACAAAAGGCUUCACCAGACGCUUGAAUAUGGACAUUCCUUCCUGGCAGUCCAAACAGUUUUCAUGGCGGGAAUUACGCUCUUGUAUGCUCUAUGGACCCACACAAAUGAGGUCUGGUCUGUUAGGAUGAGCAAUGAUAUCCGCGCAUGCUCAACAGUCUUAUUCGUCAUGGGCGAACGAGCGGCCUGGGUGAAGAAGUACCGUGAUGCAUUCGAACUGCUCGUCAACGCUACAAUGGAGAAACUCGAAGGGAACGAGAACACCAAGGCCGCAGGAAUGGCCGAGCUGAUGACAGCCCAGCACAAUCAAUGCACAAAUACCGCUCCUGAUAGCACUGCUGGCUUUGGUAUGCCCAAGAACGAAGGCCUUGCUGCGGGUAGUAUACCGACUGCGAAUCCCAUCGGACUGGUGCCCGAGCCGGCGCUAGGAGUAUCCCAACAACAAAUGGAAAGUAACCACUACGGAGUGCGAAUGGCGCUACAUCUUGCUCCUUGGAUCGACUUGGAUGCGAACAGUCCAUUUUGGAUGCCUGACUUUGAGACACUGGAGAAUCUGUCUGGGACGCAGUGGAAUUAUGGAGAUCCGGCUCCAUUUGAUGCGCUUUGA